UAUCUGAGUCACUGGUUCACCAGGAGGCUCCGAAGACAUUUUCAGGUGGAAACUUUUGCAGGUUCACAUGGUAAUUUGGGAGGACUGGCUAAUUCCCCGGCUCCGCCCACCGCCCUGUAACACAGCUCCUGCAGCUCUUGCAUAUAUAGAUAGGUAUGGCCCUACACCUGGCUGCACACACCACAGCCCGGACCCAGAGCAACCCUAAACCUUCUUCCUCCCUGGCUGACCUCCACCUGCCCCCACCAUGAAGAAGGAAAUACUAACCCUGGCCUUUGCUCGAGCCGUCUUCGUGGAGUUCCUCUCCACGCUCAUCUUCGUCUUCAUCGGGCUGGGCUCGGCGCUGAAGUGGCCGUCGGCGCUGCCCAGCAUCCUGCAGAUCGCGCUGGCCUUCGGGCUGGCCAUCGGCACCUUGGUGCAAGCCUUCGGCCACAUCAGCGGCGCGCACAUCAACCCGGCCGUGACCAUCGCCUUCUUCGUGGGCAACCAGAUCUCGCUGCUGCGCACGCUGCUCUACGUGCUGGCCCAGCUGGUCGGGGCCAUCGCGGGCGCGGGGAUCCUGUACGGCGUCACCCCGGCCAACACCCGCGGCAACCUGGCCAUCAACGCCAUCAACACCAACGUGACCCCGGGCCAGGCCCUGGUGGUGGAGAUCAUCCUGACCUUCCAGCUGGCCGCCUGCAUCUUCGCGUCCACCGACAACCGGCGCAGCGGCACCGGCUCCCCCGCGCUCUCCAUCGGCCUCUCGGUCACCGUGGGCCACCUGGUGGGGAUUUACUUCACCGGCUGCUCCAUGAACCCCGCGCGCUCCUUCGGGCCCGCCGUCGUCACCAGGAGGUUCAGCCCCGCGCACUGGGUGUUCUGGGUCGGGCCCAUCCUCGGGGCUUGCUUGGCCUCGCUGCUCUACUUCUACAUCCUGGUGCCCUACUGCAUGAACAUGUCCGACAGGGUGGCCAUCAUCAAGGGCACCUACGAGUCCGAGGAGGAGUGGGAGGAGCAGCGGGAGGAGAGGAAGAAGUCCAUGGAGCUGACCCCGCCGUAGGGCAGCGCAGGGAGGGGAGCCCCACUGGAGCUCCUGUGCCCCACUGGAGCUCCCUGUGCCCCACUGGAGCUCCCGUGCCCCACUCAGGCUCCUGUGCCCCACUGGAGCUCCCGUGCCCCACUGGAGCUCCCUGUGCCCCACAUGAGCUCCCGUGCCCCACAUGAGCUCCCUGUGCCCCACUGGAGCUCUCUGUGCCCCACAGGAGCUCCCGUGCCCCACUCAGGCUCCUGUGCCCCACUGGAGCUCCCUGUGCCCCACUGGAGCUCCCGUGCCCCACUCGAGCUCCCUGUGCCCCACUGGAGCUCUCUGUGCCCCACUCAGGCUCCUGUGCCCCACGGGAGCUCCCUGUGCCCCACAGGAGCUCCCGUGCCCCACAGGAGCUCCCGUGCCCCACGUGAGCUCUCUGUGCCCCACGGGAGCUCCUGUGCCCCACUGGAGCUCCUGUGCCCCACUCAGGCCCCUGUGCCCCACUGGAGCUCCUGUGCCCCACACGAGCUCCCUGUGCCCCACUGGAGCUCCCGUGCCCCACUCAGGCUCCCUGUGCCCCAAAGCCAAAGCCAGGCAACGCUGCAGCUCAGACUCUCAUCCGAACCUCCCCGGGGUGCAGGGCCGGGCUCUGCCUGUGUGCAGGGAGCCCCUGCAUGAGCUCCAGAACCUCUCCAGCUUCCCCACAGCCACAAACCUUGAGCCACCUGCAGGACCUCACCUGGCCCAGGUGUGGGAGCACCUGGGGGAAGGGAACCGCUUAGGGCAGGGGGUGCAGCUCCCCCCGGCCCAGGGGCUGCUCUUAGAUGCUCUUUCGCCUUUCCUGGUGCUGGGAGUCCUUUUUAUUCCCAAAGAAUGAGAGUUUUUUUGGAUUCUGUGUUGAGAUCUUUGUAUUAUAGUUUAUUAUUUAUUUGCGAAUAAAGGAAAGUUUAAAAAGAAUAUAAAU